GAACACUGACUUUAUGUUGCCCGCUCCCUGAUCGCCAUUAUCAAUCCUAGGUUUUGGAGCCAUGUCUACGCCGACUAUCAAAUAUCGAGCUGCAUGCGACCACUGCUCCGCUACAAAGAUCAAAUGUACUCAAGAACGGCCACAAUGCGCAAGAUGUCGUACACUUGGGCGAGAUUGCCACUAUAGCAGAUCACUCCGCGCUGGCAAACCUCCCAGAUCGAGCCAGGUGCUGAACCGGAAAAUCUCCAAUACGCCCGUACUGCCUCGACGUGCUACGGUUCUGGAACCACCUCAUCCAGCCAGCAAUGGACCACUCAGCCACGGUUUCCCCACACAACCGUCCUCAUAUCCAGUCAUGAGCCCUAGUAUCUCGCCAGAUCCCACAUGGACAGCAGUCACCCACUCCUCAUAUCCCACCCCUCCAGCAGUUGCCAUAUACACUGGAGCCGAAGCCUCCCCCUUCUACUCCGAACUACAAACUCCAGACCACAGCUCCGCUACCACGCCCAUGGAUCCCGAAUGGUUCUUUGAUUUCAACAACGCUGCUCUACCUCCUACUGCAAACAGUAGCAGUGACAGCCCCACCGCAGCCUCCCGGAUCAACUCCCGCGAACCCACGCAACAACCCAGUCCCAUCUCCGAAGGCCAUAGACCGUCUUGCACUCCUCAAGUCGCUCCCGCCCAUAUUCUUCUCCCUCAACAACUACAACAUCAACAACAUCAUCAUCAUCAACAUCACCAUCAUGACCUGAGCAGUGGUACUCGUGGUGUUGGACAAUUACACCCCAACAACAACAUUAACAACAACACCCCCCUAUCUCUCUUCACAACAACCAACUCCUCCAUCUCCACCUCUGAAGGCAACAGCAGCACCAGCAGCGGCAGUGAAAACCACCCUUGCCUCCGCAUCGCCACAGAAACUCUAAAUGGACUCUACGAAUUACCGAGUAUUCUCCACGUCGACCGCGAAACUCGACAAUUCUCUCUCGACCAAGUCUUGAGCAGUGCCACGCGCGCGGUACAGAUUUGUCAUGAUUUGAUGACGUGUCCGUGUGUGAAAGAUUUCUCGUUGGUGCUCGCUGUGGCGAUGAUUGCUUCCAAGGUGUUGAGUUGGUGUCAGAUUGUGGCUUUUGUGAGGGAUGGGGGGAGUAGUACCAGUAGUAGUAGUAUUAGUAGUCCUGAUCUGGUGGUGGAUGGACAGCUUGCACUGGGAGAUUAUAAAUUGGAUGAUCGGAUGGGUUGGGUGUUGAAAAAUCAUAUUGUGCUGGGGCAGUUGCAGCGGCUGAGUGAAAUUGUGCAUCGGUAUGAUGUGCAGUUUUGUGGUGGAGAAGGGAUAUUGGGGGGUCAGCAGCAGCAGAAGAUGAUGGGUGAAGGGGGAGGAGCAGGAGGAUUGGAAGUGUAUGCGAGUAUGAGUGUGAUGUUGCGGUCGAGAUUACAAUGUACGAUUCAAGAGGUCGAGGGGAGAUUGCGGGCGAGUGCGAGCGCGAGCUGA